UGUUGAAUUUUCAAUGUUCUGUAUUUUGUCAUUUUAUUACUAUUUUUGGUUGGAAGCAAGAUAAAUGGAAGGGCAUGCGUUUAUAGGUUAUUUGAAUAAAGUUAAACAUUUUAUUUUUAUAAUUAAGUUUAAAUUUAAUUUAAAUUAUUAAUAGAUAUUAUCUAUUAAUACAAUUUUCAGAUUGACAUAAACUAUAAUGCAUUAUUUCCCAAUUGUGCCAAUAUAUAUGAUGAAUUUAAUGUAAACAUUGAUAAGCUGCUUACAAUUAUGGAUGAACAAAUAAAAGAUAUUAAUUGCCGUAAAUUAUUAGAGGAAAUUAAAACUACAAAGGAUAUUACUGAAAAUACAAAAAAUGCGGCAAUCAUGUAUUGUUUACAUGCCAUGUUUGCACCUACAUCAACUAAAGUUACAAUGGAUGAAAAAUGCAAAAAAAACCAUAGAAAGUAUUCAAUCAAAGAUUCACAGGAUCAUUUCAUGGUUGUUGGUGAAUCAGUGGAAGUGUUUAUGGAUCAAUUAAAAAACCAAGGUCGUCCUAUUCAACCUUUUAUUUUUAUUGUUGGUAGUAUUUUUCGUCAAAAAGAAAUAUUAGUAUAUUUUGAUUCAAUUUUAUAUAUGGUACAUUCGGUUCUAAGAGCCGUAGAUGUUAUUAAAUCUUUCAUCUAUUUCAGUUAGAAUAUCCAUUUCAAUCACAGAUUGUAUGGUUGUCAAUACAAAAGUUUUUUUUGUUUUUCGUCUAAGCACAACAAGCCGUAUCACAAACUGUCUCAAAUAUUGUCAGAGUUAAGCAAUUAAUAUUAUUCAUUAAUAUAAUAUAAUUAAAAAACUUGCUUAAUAUAUAAAAUGAUCUAAAUAUAUCUAUAAAUUAUUUAAUUAUUAUAAUUUAUUAAUAUAUAAAUAAGUGCCUGAUUAUGAAUACAUUUAAAUUUAUAUUUAAUUUUUCAUAUUAUAUGUCUAUGGAAUAUUUAUUCCAAUGAUAACCUUAUUUAAAUAAGUAACUUGAAUUUGUAUUACUCCAUUUUAA